AUGUCGGCCGAACAUAACAACGAAAAGACCCAAGCGACAGAGUCGACGGUCGCAGAGGACCAUCAAGGAGAGUUGGUCAAUGCCUCCGGUCACGUCCAGGAGUUGGAGCGAAACUUCUCCCUCGUCAGUAUCUGUGCUAUCGCAGUGACUACGGGUAACACCUGGAUCGCGCAAGGUGGCAGUGUCGUGACGGCGUUGAGCAAUGGUGGGUUGGGUGCCACCAUCUAUGAAUUCAUCGCGGUGUCGGUCUGUUACUGGAUGGUUGCGGCUUCCAUUGCGGAGCUGGCAUCGGGCAUGCCGUCAGCCAGUGGUGUCUACCACUGGGCUUCGGUGACGGCAGGCAAGUAUGGACGCGCAUGCGGUUUCUUCGCCGGUUGGUGGAACUGUCUCGCAUGGGUGCUCGGUGCGGCCUCGAUGAGUUUGAUCAUGUCUCAGCAAACGGUGUCCAUGUACGCCUUGAUGAACCCGGGCUUUGUCCCCCAAACCUGGAAUGUCUUUGUGGGUUUCCUGGUCUGCACCUGGGUUUGCUGCGCCAUCGUCCUCUUCAUGAACCGGUGGUUGCCGCAUAUCGGAAACAUCGGCAUGUUCUUCAUCCUGUCUGGCGUCUUCAUCACCAUCAUUGUCUGCGCCGUCAUGCCCCAUGUCAAUGGUAAUGCGUACCGUUCCGACAAGGAUAUCUGGCAAACCUGGAGCAACGGCACCGGAUAUACUUCCCAAGGUUUCGUGUUCGUCAUGGGUAUGCUGAACGGUGCGUACAGUGUGGGCACACCGGACUGCUCCUCUCACUUGGCCGAGGAGAUUCCCCAACCCAGCCGAAACAUUCCCAAGGCCGUGCUGGCCCAGAUGGCUGUCGGCUUCACCACCGGAAUUCUGUAUAUGAUUGCCAUCUUCUAUUCCAUUCAGGACUUGGACAGCGUGACCUCGAGCUCUUAUAACUUCCCCUUGGCCGAGAUCUACUACCAGGCUACCGGCUCCCGUGGCGGUGCCCUCGGUCUGCUGAUCCUCGCCUUCAUCCCGACCUUGAUCACUUCCUCCGGAUGCUAUAUCACCGCCGGCCGGACCUUGUGGACUCUCGCCCGUGACCGCGCCACUCCUUUCCCUCAGUGGAUGGGCCGCAUCAACGGCACCUUCCACAAUCCUUUCAACGCGACUCUCGCCUGUGGCGGGAUCAUCACCGUCUUGGCUUGCAUCUACCUUGGCUCAACCACUGCCUUCAGCGCCUUUGUCGGCUGCUUUGUCCAGCUGUCUUCGCUGUCUUACUUCAUGGCUAUUUUCCCUCACAUCUUGAGCCGCCGAUCCUCGUUUGUCCCCGGAUUCUUCUUUAUGAAUAACACCGUUGGAUACAUCGUCAACAUUUUGUCCUGCAUCUACAUCCUGGCCUUCGUGGUCAUCUUCUGCUUCCCUUACGGAGUCCCCGUCGAGGCUGCCUCGAUGAACUAUGCCAGCCUCAUGACCGGCAGUCUCACAAUCUUCAUCACCGCCUGGUGGUUUGUUCGCCAAGGAUCCUACGAGGGUCCCAAGCACAUCCCUUUGACCGACAAGGCGCUUGCCGAAGAAGCCAAGUGA